CAACGAGCCCAGCUGCUCCAAACAGCAAGAUGAAGGAGAACAUACACGUCAGCCUCAUAAUUAUUGUUCGCGGAUCAAUCCGGUUCCGACCCAGGAAAAGAACUGCAUGCAAUUUCCAGGACACUCUUCACUCAUAGUCUCGUCCUCUCAUCCGGAAUUCUGGUGUAAUACAUCUACAAGAGGAAAGCCGAGGAGCGAGGGUGCGGGCAGCGAGCGGCUGUCUCUGCGGGAGCCACGGACACUGCCGCUCCUCCCGGGACCUCCCGCCGGGUUCCUGGGCUUGGUUCUGUGGAUUCUCCCAGCCGCUCUGACCAUACAUUCAGGCUCAGCGAGACGGCAGCAGCCCCGGUCCCAGGUUUCCUGGCUAUUCUGAACAAAAACAUCUUCUUUCAGAAGAUACGAUGCACCUGGAGUAAGCUGGACUUCCAGAGACCCUCCUUUUGGCUGGGGAAUGAGACCUUGAGAGUGCCUGUAGCGCUCUUUGCCUUGAAUAGAAGACGACUGUGUGAUCGCCUGAGGCACAAUAGGGAUGUCCAGAAGAAUUCAAUUGUUCUGCUGCAGGGUGGAGAAGAAACCCAGAGAUACUGUACUGAUACUGGUAUCGUGUUCCGCCAGGAAUCUUACUUUCACUGGACUUUUGGAGUAACUGAAGCAGGCUGCUUUGGAGCAAUAGACGUUGAUACUGGAAGAUCCAUGCUUUUUGUUCCACAACUCCCUGAAAGCUAUGCAGUUUGGAUGGGAAAGAUUCAUCCCCCUGAAUUCUUCAGGAAAAAGUACGCUGUCGAUGAGGUCCACUAUGUGAGCGAGAUAUCCAGUGUCUUGACUUCGAAGAAUCCUGCUGUGCUCCUUACUUUGCGCGGCAUUAAUACUGAUAGUGGAAAUGUCUCCAAAGAAGCUUCAUUUGAGGGAAUCAGCCAAUUUAAUGUGAACAACAAAAUCCUUCAUCCUGAAAUUGCAGAAUGUCGUGUGAUUAAGACAGACAUGGAGUUGGAAGUUCUGCGCUACACCAAUAAAAUCUCCAGUGAAGCUCAUAAAGAGGUAAUGAAGGCAGUAAAAGCAGGAAUGAAAGAAUACGAGCUGGAGAGCCUGUUCCAGCACUACUGCUACACUCGAGGUGGCAUGCGUCACACUUCCUACACUUGCAUCUGCGGCAGUGGGGAGAACUCGUCUGUUUUGCACUAUGGCCAUGCUGGAGCCCCAAAUGACAGGACAAUUGAAGAUGGAGACUUGUGCCUGUUCGAUAUGGGAGGAGAGUAUUACUGCUAUGGCUCCGACAUCACCUGCACCUUUCCUGCAAAUGGAAAGUUCACUCCUGACCAGAGGGCAAUCUACGAAGCGGUGCUGAAGUCAUCGCGGGCUGUAAUGAAUGCAGUCAAGCCAGGGGUCUCCUGGCCUGAUAUGCACCGUCUGGCUGACAGAGUCCAUCUGGAGGAGUUGACUAAAAUUGGCAUUCUGAAAGGCAAUGUAGAUGACAUGGUGAAGGUUCAUCUGGGUGCAAUAUUUAUGCCACACGGACUUGGACAUCUACUUGGAAUCGAUGUGCACGACGUUGGAGGCUACCCAGAGGGAGUGGAGCGCAUUGACCUGCCGGGGCUCCGGAGCCUGCGCACCGCCCGCAGCCUGGAGCAGGGCAUGGUGCUCACCGUCGAGCCGGGCAUCUACUUCAUCGACCACCUCUUAGACCAAGCCCUCCGUGAUCCUGCGCAGUCCUGUUUCAUCAACAAUGAUGUCCUGCAGCGUUUUAGAGGAUUUGGUGGGGUCCGGAUCGAGGACGACAUCGCAGUGACAGCCAGUGGAAUGGAGCUGCUAACGUGUGUCCCACGUACUGUUGAAGAAAUAGAGGCUUUCAUGGCAGAAGGCCAGAGCAGUGCCAAGUCAUUUGACUGCCUCUCCAGCCAGAAGCAGUAAACUUCAGGAUGAUACUUACUGUCUCGCACUAAUCAGUCAUUAUUAUGAUUUAAUGCUGCAGCAUAUAAAAUGCAUCAAAUUCUUAACAGCAAGAGAGGCAGGAAGGCUAUUAGCUGGAAUGAUUUGUUCAUUAAAAAUGAAGGCUUCAGCACUUGAUAUCCAGGUAACUCAAAUGCUGCUGCUUGCAGUCAGCAGUUUGCAUUACCAAGUGCCACCUUAAUAACCCUGCUGCAUUAUCAGUGGGACGGAUACUUCUGUCAAACCUUGGCUCAGACAUAUCUUUCAAUUAAAUCUGAAUUUUGAUAGUAAAGACUGUUUAAAAAUACCAAAUGGAUUACCUGAAUGCUGUCAGCAAUUGUAACAAUCUGAGUCCUUUUUUAAACUUAAUCACAAGUGUUGCAAAAAACAUAGAAGAAAAAUCAGCUGUUCUCGUUGGGCGUAAUGACACUUAUAUUUUUCUUACGGAUAUUAUUUCAGUGUCAAUGGAGUAAGCAGAAUCAAAUUUUUAUUAAAAUUAAUCCUUGGCAUCA